AUGUGUAUCUUUGAUAAUGUUGGUGAACGCGCUAAGCACACCUUGUCCUAUGCUGUGAAAAGCACCGUUGAAAUUGACUUUCUCUUUGAAGAUACUGAUUUUUAUAUUCCUGCCACUUGUGCUCAAGUCAAAGAGCUGAACCAGGAUCUUUCCCAUGAUGUCAAUAUUGGUAAGGGCUCCGUUCACGAUAUCGUACUCGUUGAUGGUUCUACUCAUAUUCCCAAGGUCCAAGUGAUGUUUCUUGACUUCUUCAGUGUCAAGGAGCCAGCAAGUUUACCGACUGUGACGAGACAGUUGCCACUGGUACCACUGUCCAAUCUGUCAUCUCCACUGGUGACAAAUUUGGAAAGGUCAAAGGUGCUUACUGUUUGCAUCAAGUGGUUGAAUGAUUCACAAGCCAAUGAUGGCGGUAAAUAG